AGAUGGGUCUACGAGGAACUCGAGUUUUGAUCGUUUGAACGUUAAAAGGAAACCCAACUGACUGAUGAAUGAACGGAUGAUCCUAUACUUUCUUCUGGACGCCACGAACAGUAUUGAUUGGUACCUUACAAGCUAGCUUGCUGAUGCAGCGGAAGUGAAGGGAAUCCAAAUUAUCUUGAAGCCAUUCUAUGAUCUGUUCAAUUUCUAGCCAUCGGCAAAUAGUUUGAACUUCUUUAAGUUGUAUCCUUGUUUCAGGCUGCUAAAGAGUUCGUAACUUGUCUAAGAGAUGUGUAGUUGGUUGAAUUAUUGGAGGAUACCUCAAUAAAUUCUAUUGAGAAAGUGGAAGUGGUGCCAAAAAACUAUUGUGGGUUAGAAGAUGAAUGUGUUCAUCUGGGACAUGGAUGAGACACUUAUACUGUUAAAGUCGCUGUUGAAUAGUAAAUAUGCAGAGGGUUUUAAUGGUUCAAAGGACAUACAAAAGGGUAUAGAGAUUGGGAAAAUGUGGGAGGAACACAUUUUGCGGGUCUGUGAUGACUAUUUCUUUUAUGAAGAAAUUGAACAUUACAAUAAGCCAUGUCUUGAUGCAUUAAGUGAGUAUGAUGAUGGGAGGGACCUGUCUGGUUAUGACUUUGCCAAGGACGAAUUUAAUCCUCCUUAUGAUGAUCCUAACAGAAGGAAACUAGCAUAUCGGCAUCGUUUGAUAGCUGACAAGUACACACAGGGUUUGCAUAACGUUCUUGAUCAAGAGAUGAUAGAACGCUGGGAUGCUCUGUAUGAUAUGACUGAUAGUUACACGGAUAGAUGGCUCUCUUCAGCACGGACCUUCUUGGAACACUGUUCAGGAGAAAACAAUGGCUUGGCUCCUCAUGUUGCCUCAUCCAAUGUCUGUACUGGUACCGGAUACAAGAACAUUAAUGUUUUAGUCACUUCUGGAUCAUUAAUACCCACCCUUGUCAAGUGUUUGCUGUUUCGGCUGGAUGAUUUAUUUACACAUACAAAUGUCUACAGUUCAUGGGAAGUUGGAAAGCUCCAAUGCUUUUCAUGGAUCAAGGAGCGUUUUGGUGGACCAAAUGUCAGGUUCUGUGCGAUUGGGGAUGGAUGGGAAGAAUGUGAAGCUGCACAGACAAUGGCUUGGCCAUUCAUUAGAAUUGAUCCACAACCUGUGGGUUUCCACAGGUUCCCAGGUCUUACAAUGAAAACAGUCGGCCACUAUCUUGAUGUUGUGUAUGGUGUUCCAAAAGAUGAUGAGGAAUAAGUUGUAGUAACACCACCUCCAAGCUUUCAUCUUUUGGUGUUGUAUGUAUGAUUAGUUGUAUGUAAAUAUGCAUGAUUAUGUUGGGAUUACACAUUAGAGGUGCAUAGAACCAUCUCAGAACAGCAGAUUGUUGGCAUAAUUUACUAUAUGAUACCUUAACUCGGUGUAACGGUAAGGUUGUUCUAUUGUGAGCUAGUGGUCGUGGAUUUGAUUUGGAAGCAGCCUCUCUGCAAUGUAGGGGUAAGGCUAAAUAUCUUUUGAGAGAGGGAGAGAGAGUUAUUGUUCCAUUAUGUAAAUCCACAAACUGGGAAGGCAAAGGAAUACCAAAAAAUAAGCAUCUUGUUAAGCA